AUGUCCGGUCGCUUGGUGUUCAGAACAGAACAUAGCGAUCCCACCAAAGUGGACGCUAUCAAGCUUGUGUUCGACGGAAUUCUUUUUUGCAGCGGAAAGUUUCCUAUCUCCUACUGCCUGGAUGAUGAGAGCUUUAAGAAAAAAAGAAUAACGUUAUCUCCAAGGAGGAGAGUCUGCCUUCAAUGCGGCGGAGACAUUGAGGGCGGCGUCGUGCCCUGUGUCUGCAACCACCACAAGCCCGUCAAGUUCGAGUCUGGUGCGUGGUUCCUGCGGCAGGUGCAACGAGCUCUCAGCCUGAUGCCGUGGUCCAUCAGCACUGAGAAGUUGGAGCAGAUCGAGGAAGAAUGCGAACCAAGCCCGGGACCCAGCGAUGUGACCAGAAGCGACCUGCACAGCAUCAGGGAGUUCCUGGAGCUGCUCUCAGCGAAAUUGGCGGGAGGACCGCUGGAAGGGACGAGAGUCGCACCCUUAUACGACCAUCCGGCGUAUUCGAAAAUGUUCGAGAGACACCAUGCAGAAUUGCGCGCCGCGCUCAGCGCUCUAUCGACCGCGCUACAUGACGCGCUAACACGUAAGACACGCGGCUACUGGUGGCAUGCACAUGUUCUACUCACCGGCACUAAACACCCCCGCACCAAAACGCAGCAUGUCCUUUGUAAU